AUUCUUCAAAUAUUUCAUUAAAAUAAGCAGUAAUAAGCUCGUGAUUGUGUUUCUGAAGUGAAUCUUCUCGUGCAUUAAAAAAAGUUAGAAGAAAAUUUUGUUAUCGUUAACAAUAUCGGUUAUGAAGUUAACAGCGUGGAAUUUUGUGUUGUGCAUCUUGGUAACUGUUUUCUUCCUGGCGGUUACCAUAUCUGCAUAUCCUGCUAGCAAUCCAGAAAUAAUGUAUAACUUGCAGGCGAUCGAAAAUAUGCGACAGAUUCCACAAUGGCACUGUUUGCGCUACAGAAAAUUUGAUCUCGUACGCCGCUGUCGGAAUUACCGUUUAGGAAGAAAACAUUGACAAAUACAAAAUCAUCGCAAUUCAGGAUGGAUGAAUACAAAUAAGUCAUUAUAUUUUAAAUUUCAUCGUCCAACUAUUUUAAAUAUUCUAUUGCAUAUGUUUAAAUUUAUAUAAUAAUGAGUAACAAGUUAUA